CAGUCUUCUUUUCCGCCUCCGCUCGUCGGCUUGUUGCCAGUCUAGUCACCUCGGUUCCUCUCCUCGCCCAGACGGCCAUAGCCCACUCGCCCUCCUCCUCCGCUCGUCGCCAGUCUAGUCGCCUCGGUUCCUCUCCUCGCCCAGACGGCCAUAGCCCACUCGCUCUCCUUCUGGUCGCCUGCACGAACGGAGGCUCGGAGAGCAGAGCUGAGCAGGGCCAGCGGCCAGCGCUGCAGCGCGUGAUGGAGCCGGAUGGAGGGCCAGCUUGCCGCACUUAGUGGUUGAUGUACAGUAUGUUCAUUGAACAUCUACUAACUAAUGCCUAAUAUUUUCGUACAAUUGCGACUCAUGAUCUAAUGUAUAGUAAAUUUAUGCAUAUUUUAUGGUUAUAUUUUUUAUACAAAUAAAUAAUGAUAGAUUCGCCUUAGGUAGAUUUUAAUCCUAGCUCCACCACUGGGCCAAAAUGAAACUCGGGCGAUAGUUAGAUGAUCAAAAAUAUAUUUUUUUUUUCAUUUUUCUAAGCUAGCAACAGUGACAUGGCUUCAUCUUAGCCUAUUCCAAACGCUGAAGUUGGCCUAAUCAGCUACCGUGUCACAUCACCAGUUCAUCAUGCUGCCUUGGACGUGGUAUGCAGGGUAAAGCAGCAGGAGUUCUAGCCUUACGGGAACAAACCGUUGCUCGACGCCAAGCAUCAUAUUAGAAUAAAGGAAGACCUGCUAAGCACGCUUAGGAUAAAUUCUGCUCGGAAGUGUCGGUCCAAUAAUCACGUAGUUAGCGAUGUACGGCACGAGCUCUACCUGAACUUUAAUUUAGCGCACGCAAGGGUGAGAUGCUGGACAACGUCGUCUGCUUUUUUAUUUAGACAAUGGAUAAAUCAAAACCCUAUAUAUAUAUACAUCGAUUCACUCACAUCUAAGCAGAGUGAACCCUCGUACUCGUAUAUUGCCACCAUCGAUCACAUUCACAAUCCAAGCGUGGCGUGCGUCGUAGAUGGAGCCAAGCAACAGUUCGAGGCCACCAAUCGAACAUGAUAAUAAGAAAGGCGACGGCGAGCGCGUGCAAGACCUCGCCGUGGUCCGCCGACCGGAGCUCCUCAGAGCGGCGAGCUCGGGCCAGCUGCGGCUGCUGGAGGAAUUUCUCAGCAAGGAAGACGGAGGAUCGGCUGCGGCCACAGCGUUGGCCCGGGAAGUCGCCGUUCAUCUGGAGGUGGAGACUCCUGCACUCUACCUACCAUCAGUGGCCACGGAGGGGGCCUCUGCACUCCAUGUGGUUGCGGCCAGUGGAGACAGACCAGGGUACCUUCAGGUGGCGGAGGCAAUCUGCAGGAAGGCCAGCCAGCUGCUGUUUGCCUGCGACGGUAACGGAGACACGCCGCUGCACUGUGCCGUGCGGGCGGGGAACGCUGAAAUGGCCUCCCUGCUUAUUCGGCAGGCUGACUGCUGCGACCGGGAGAAGAUCAUGCUGAGGAUGCAGAACAAGCGCGGGGAGACGGCUCUGCACGAGGCCGUUCGCUUUGGCCACAAGAGAGGCAUGCGAAUGGUCGAGGUGUUGAUGUCCCAUGACAAGCAGUUGGCCAGUGUGGUUGCAAGGGAUGGUACAUCGGUGUUGUACCUGGCCACCUCGCUACAUCAUAACGACAUUGCUCAAAAGUUGAUUUUUGAGGACAGGGAGCUCGCCUACUCCGGCCCACUUGGACAGAAUGCGCUGCAUCCGGCUGUUCUGCACAGCAAAAUGAUGACAACAGCUCUACUGAAACUGAAUAAGGACCUGACCAAACAACAGGACCUCUCUGGAAGUACGCCGACACACUUCGCUGCAUCAGCAGAUGAUCCUUCCCUUGAAUUUCUCCUAUAUGUCUUUAUGGAGAGGACCCUCGAGUUUUACUCAUUGGGCAUCUAUUUCGCACGGAAAAAUUGGCUUAUCAAACUCUACAGGUUCUUGAACCUUCCUCUUUACCAACUGGUCGGUGCUGAUCCUUCUUCAGCGUUUCAGCCUGACAACGAUGGGUUGUUCCCGGUGCACGUCGCUGCCUCGGCAGGCAACCUGGUUGCUGUCAUCAUCCUUCUUACCAAGUGCCCUGGCUGCGCUGGAUUGCGUGAUUCUCAGGGCAGGACCUUUCUUCAUACUGCUGUCGAGAAGGGGAGCCAUAAUAUUGUGAAAUUUGUGCGCAUGAGACCACAGUUUAACUCGAUCCUGAAUAUACAGGACAACCAAGGGAACACUGCUCUGCAUCUAGCUAUCCUUGAAGGACAUUUGUCCAUAUUCCAGACUCUCAUCAUCAACCCACAUGUUCGCCUGAACUUGCCAAAUCAUGAAGGAAAAACCCCCAUGGAUCUUGCCGAGAGCAAAGCUCCACCAGGUUUUUAUUUUGGGAUGCAUGCACGGCGUAGGAUACUUGGUACGCUGACUUUUGUAAAUGCUCAGAAUGGCAACUGUCGCCGUGAUCAUUUCAAAGAAAAGCUCGUUCCGAAGCUAAACAAGGAUGAAGAGUCAAAAAAGAUAACGGAGUUUGCGCAGAUUGUGGGCAUCUGCUCGGUGCUUGUCGCGACGGCAACAUUCGCCGCAGUCUUCACAAUGCCCGGCGGUCUCUGGUCUGAGGACAACGAGGGUGACCCCAGGGCGCCCGCCGCUGCGCCGAGCCCAGUUGGCCCCAUUGGGACGCCUAUCAUGGCCGGGAAAUAUGCUUUCAACGGGUUUGUCCUCGCCAACACAUUAGCAUUCAGCUGCUCGGCUAUAGCCACCUUCAGUCUCGUCUACUGCGGGAUGGCUGCGGUUGACCUAGAGAAACGCAUCAAGCUGGUUUCUAUCUCGCUAGCACUGCUGAACGGUGCCGCGAGAAGCUUCUGCGCUGCCUUCGCAUUUGCGCUCUAUCUACUCCUUUCUCCGGUGGCCCCGGCGACCGCCAUCGCCACGGCCACGAUGACGGCUCUUGUGUUGCUCGACGCGCUUCGCUUCCUGUGGCUACUGUUCGUUGACACAGUCAUCGUCCUCAAGAGAAGGGGAGGCGCGGUGCCACUGCUCAAGUUAACAACUGCAUUCAUUGUCAACAUGGUGUAUCUCUUCUGGCCUUACAUCAUAAUCUUCAGCCUGCUGGGAGGUCAUAAUAAGAGCCCGUUGCACCCAAAUUGACUCCUCUGCCAGCGUACAUGUGAUUGAGGACAGCUGUACGUGGUGGACCCAUGACACCGUGCCAAGACUCCUUGCCCGUAUUUAAUUUUUUCUUGAGAACAAUUCUUUGUGAGCCAUUUCAAGUCUAUAGUCUUAAUUUGUA